AAUUUAAAACCUUGGCGCCAAAAACUGUUAAAAAGAGCAAGUGUAGCAUUGUAGCAACUACCAGCAAACACCAGAAGAUCAUUUUCAGAGCGCACAAUGUUGGAGCUCUUCCAAUCCUCUCAACUCUUCUCUCAUCAGCAACUCUGCUAUGCCGACAUUCUCUCUCCUUGUCAGGUUCGAGCACGAAUCGAGGUUGCAGUCUUGAAUUUCCUGAAGAUCUUGAACUCGCCAAAUCCAGAAAUCUCCGAUCUUCCUUUGACAAGUCGAAAUUCGAAGAAUACGAAUGUUUAUCGAGGAUUAAUGAGUGAUAAUUCACACAUUUUUCUCUCGCACUCGUUCUCGAAACGAUCAUUGAUGAGAGAAAAUGCUACAAAAGCCUUUGUUCGAGUGUGGAAGGUGAUGGAAAUGUGUUACCAGAUAUUGGUGGAGGAAAAGAGAGUAACUCAACGAGAACUCUACUACAAGUUGCUUUGUACUUCAUCUGAAUAUUUUAGCUCCCAAACACAGGUCAAUAGGACUGUUCAAGAUGUGGUUGCAUUGCUUCAUUGCAGCCGGUAUAGUCUUGGGAUCAUGGCUUCUACAAGAGGGCUUAUUGCUGGCCGGAUACUGCUUCAGGAGCCAAACAAAGAGGUCGUGGACUGUUCAGUUUGUGGGUCAUCAGGGCAUCCUAUCUCAGGCGAUCUUAGCAUGCUAGAAUCUCUCAAUAUGAAUACAGAUGCACGAUACAUAAUUGUGAUAGAGAAGCAUGCCAUAUUCCAACGAUUGGUUGAAGAUUGCUUCUUUAACCAAGUCCCAAGCAUACUUAUCACAGCCAAAGGGUACCCAGAUCUAGCCACAAGGUUUCUGCUUCAUAAGAUGACCAAAGCUUUCCCAAAUCUGCCUAUUCUGGCACUGGUUGAUUGGAAUCCGGCAGGACUAAGUAUUCUGUGCACCUACAAGUAUGGAAGCAUUGGAAUGGGACUUGAGGCAUAUAAAUAUGCUUGUAAUGUGAGAUGGUUAGGAGUGAGAGGAGAUGAUCUGCAGCUGAUACCUGAAGAAUCUAUGACCCCAUUGAAGCCGAAGGACAAACAAAUUGCAAAAAGCCUCACAUCUUUGGAGAUACUUCCGGAUGAUUAUCAGGAGGAGUUAUCCCUAAUGGUUCAACAUGGCCAAAGAGCAGAGAUUGAAGCUCUCUAUUGUCAUGGAUAUGAUUUCUUAGGAAAAUACUUGGCAAAGAAAAUAGUCCAGGCCAAUUACAUAUAGAAGAUGAACAAGAGUGGCACAUACACAGCAUCAUAAAGAGCGAGUCUGGUAAAUACUUGAACCUUCUUUGAGGAAGACUGAUCAAUGUGAUACACCAAACAAUUACGUGCUGCUUUAAGUCAAUUACAUCAACUGAGGAUGUAGAACAAUUUAACGCAAGUAAAAUAGGCAUACUUGACAUUCCUUUAUACUUUGAUGUAUGUAAAUUAUAAUACCAAGAGUAAACAAUGACUAACAUGUAUAACUGUCACAACAAGCAUCAUAGUAUUAAGUGUGAGAAUGUGAAUGAAGCACCCUUAUUCUUUCA